GUCAUCAUUCGAUUCUUGUCAUUCCCACAUAAAGGUACUCAACUUGAGAAAGCCUUCAUCAAAUAGGCCCAAAAAUUUGACCAAGAUGGAGAGUCUGUUCGAAUCAUCUAAUCGGGAUUACGACGAGGAUACACGCCGAGUCAACAAUGCCGUAUUCAUCUCCAAGGAUCGCGAAGUCUCGGAAGAAAGCGAAUCGGAGGACAACGAUACGUGCUCGGUUGUGUCCCGGAUGACCGAACGGACUCUGAAAGCGUGGGAAGGACUAGCUCUGGAGGAUUACAAUUCGGAUUCCAGUACCAGUACGACGGUUUGUAAACUAACGCCAAGACGAAAAGAGUACGAUCCGGAGGCCUACAACAAGUGGUUGAAGGCCAAAACUGAAGCUGAGCGCAAACGCAAAGAGCAAGAACAGCGGCGCAAGAAACGAGAAGAAACCAAGAAGAAACUUGCCGAAGAAAAACGAAAGCAGGAAAGCGAAGAAAAGCUCAAACAGUGGAUGGAACGGAAAGAGAAAGAAAAGCAAAGAAAGCAGAAAGAAAGUUCCAAGAGCAAAGACGCCAAACCAAGUCAAACGAAGAAAAAAUGGAUCCCGAACGAGGAAAGUGAAUCGACCUUCAGAGCUUGGCAGAAUCGGGUGAAGCAACAGGAAGAAGAGAGAAAACUGCGUCUGGUGGCCAAACAGCGGAUGGAGGAGGAACUCAAACAAGAACGGCAGCAACUGUCGAAGCUAUUCUACGACGAAUGGUUGAAAACAUCUGCCUCCAAGCCGAAGCCAGUGCCACUGAACCAGGGAAUCGACAGCCUUCGGGGUUCCAUCAGCAAGAUGUACAUUAAUCCCGUCUCGUGGAAGAGCAACAUCGAUUGAACAUGCAAGAAUCGGCGGGAGUUGUCUAAUGCCCUUCUUUCGACGCGACCUUUAGCGUGGCGCCUUGUACACUGUGCAUACACACUGUAGUAGCAAUUAGCAUUGAUUGUGAAAGAUAAUAAAUUUCCUGUUAGUGCGAAUGCCGUUUGGCGAAUGAAACAA